AUGGAGUCUGGUCUGGCAAAGUAAACAUAUUCAAAGAUGCAGAAUGCAGGGAGGUCUCCCUCAGGGCGAGGGACGAUGCUUAGGGACUUCACACCGUGUUUGGAGAUCUGGACUAUCUCUCCAGGCAUCACCUCUCUGUAGUACCUGAGGACCAGACCGAGCAGAAAGAGGCUUGUGAGCCACAGAACCACACAUUGCCAUGGCAAUAAGAGAAUGUUAACCGUGGUGAUGAGAGAGCUCACUUGGCACCGAUGGACUGGAAGCUGCAGGACUCUGAUGACACCACCCAGCCCUCUGUAUCUCUCUCGCCAGCACCUGACAGAGGACAGAAUAUGGCCUGUCAAUCAUCCAUCCUCUUCCACCUCUUUAUACAGUUCUGGUCAAUAUAUUGGCAGUGGCACCCUUUCACGAUUCACUAUUUCUUCUAAAAUAAGUAGAAAUUUAAAAAAUACUACUGCACAGGACCAAGAAAAUAAAAAAUAUAUACUGAAAUAGAGAUUUUUCACUUCAAAGUCAAAAUGGCCUGGGCUGAAUUAUUCAAAAUUCUAAUUAAUUUGGUUGGAGACAAGUGAUUCUCAUUUAUGUGUAAUUUAUCUUACCUGUGGUAAGUUGCAGGUGCAAACAGGGUAAAAAUAGCCAUUCAACCAGUUUUGAAAAGAGAAAACAUAACACUCUGCUCCAUUGCAAAGUGCAAGGGUGACAAUAUAUUUGAUUAUAGAUUAGUAACUCUGCUCAUAGAUUAGUUCAUCGAAAUACACAAGUCAAAGAUACAAAAAUACCAUGCAGUGCUAAGGAAGGCCCAAAAACACCUGUAGUGUGGAGUUUCGAAAUGGGGACGAGGCGCCCAAUGCUGAGGGGUCUGUUUCCAUACGGGUCACGGAUAGCAUAGAUCACAUCUGUGUACAUCACCAGCAGUGAGUAGGAUGUCGGGGUCUCAUGCAUCAGGUUCUUUAUCCUGCAAUGGCGAGAAAAAACAAUCAAUCAAGAUGAUGAAGAGCGUUACAGGGGGUAAAAGGAGAUGGGGUAUUAUUGGAAUAGAAGGUCAUAGAACUGACCUGGCCACCCAGUCAGGGGCAUCCAGCUCCUCCAUGGGUGGAGUCAGAGCCAGCAGCUGGGUGAUGAUCUCACUGUCUGAGCUGGUGGACAGGCCCACGCCGUGACGCAUCACCUGCCAUACACAGAACACACAGACAGUAAUAUACGCUUAUACAAAAACACACAGUAAUCACACACACACAGUCAGUGGAUAUGACAGCAUGGCCCACCUUCUUACGCAGUGCGGAUGCAUUGACCAGCUCCCCGUUGUGUGCCACAGCGAUCUUGCCGUGCAGUGUGUCCACCACAAAGGGCUGGCAGUUCUGGAGCUCAGAGAUGCCCGUGGUGGAGUAGCGCGUGUGCCCAAUGCCCAGGUUACCGUAGCGCAGCUUCAGAAGGUUCUCAGGAGGGAAGGCAUUGUUCACUAACCCCAUUCCCUGAGAAGGGAAGAGACGUAGCUAAUCAUAACACUAACACAUAGCCAGACAGGGAACAUCUAGGGCACACACACACACUGAACUUUGCACUCCUAAAAUCCUGUGCAUUCAGAAGAAAAGUAAUGUAGCCAAACUGUGAUUAGUAAAGCUUUAAGUGAUGAUAUCACAUGCCUGUUUUUAUGCUACAAGUGUCUUAUUUCUAUACAGUGUGUUCUCUCCUUGUACUUCUGAGAUUUUAGUUAACUAAUAGGACUUAAACUCCCACAGAUUGAAAGGUUUUAACAAGGUGUUUUGUUGUUUGUGUGUAUUUUUUUCUGGGGGGGGGGGGGGGGGGUGAUAGCAUUGUCCAUAGUUUGAAGCCACGGACGGGAUGUUGGUGUAAAUCAGAGGACAAGUUGAGUAUCUUCAUAAUCUGGAAUGAGUAGGAUUGUAGACGUUUCUCUUUCAUGUUUCCAUACUGAAUGGUUCUGUAAGUCACACAUUUGUACCUUGAGGGUGUUGUACGUUGGUGGGUUGACUCCAUUGCUUGUGACGAUUCCAGCACUUUCCUGACCCCUAAGUAAACAAAAACAAAUACAAAACAGAUUGCUUGAAUUAAAGUUUUAGUGAGGUGGAAACACUUGCAACAAUGACACAGAGGUCCUUUAAGCUCUUGCAGGCAAACCUACUUGACGCAACAUGUUUGAUGCCAGCAUUUCUGCAUGCAUAAUGCCUUGGGGCAGACUAAACCGUUUUGGUAAAAGAGAAGUGUUGUAGACCAGAGAAAAAAAAUGGGGGUUGUGUGCAUCUGCAGUGGAGUUGCCUUAUAUGGAGUGGCCUUGCGCUGCAGCCGAUUUGCCAAGCUGCUUCUCGGAUUACAGUCCGUCCCUCCCCCACAUCACAAAGCUUAAGCCAGUAGUGAGGCUGCAUGGGCGUUCCUCUCAGGCUUAAACGCCUGGUUGCCUAGGGAACCGGGCAGCAGAGGAAGGGGGGCUGGGAGAGAAAGAAGCGUUUCCAGGUCAGCUCAAACAUGGAGAGAGGAGCAGGGAGACAAAGAGGAGGUGAAGAGGAGACGGUAGAGGUGGAGGAGACAGGAGCAGCAGGGCAGUGGGGGGAAGCGGAGGUGCUGGCUCUUCUGUCAGUGUGGGGGGAGCUGGGAGCAGCUCAGCAUUCAGGCGUGAGCAGCAGAGACGCAUUUGAAUGCAUCUCAGAGCAGCUGAGAGGGCUCAGCGUGCUGCGGGACUGGAGGGAGUGUCAGGCCCAGUGCAGGAGGCUGGGACUGCAAGCCAGGAAGGCUGAAUCGCCAGGCACAUUCACCAACUACAACCAGGGGGCAGCAGCCAUGAUGGACGCCCAAAUGACCCCAAGUGACUUGGAGGAAGAGGAUUUGACCAGUGAGAAAGAGGCCCACUCUUCCUUAGUCACAAUGCAGGAAGGUAAUUUUGGAGUUAGAGGAACAGUGUGAUAAUGGGAGAGAAAUAUACUAGUGCUUACAAAAUAUUUGUAUAUGGAAACUUUGAAACAAUUACAGUAAAUAGCAAUUGGAGAAGUUUAUAGGAAGGAAUGAAAUAAAGCUAUCUGCGACAUCCCAACACACUAACUGUGAGUGAAGGAUUGUUAAGAUAACGACUGAUUACGUCAGAAAAACAGUGGACCUUCAUAGACUAGGCCUAAUAAAUGGAUCACAUCUAAAGUUGUUUAGUAUAUGCAGCAGUAGGCUAAAUAGCAUAGUCUUUAAAUUAUCCCUCAUUUAAAUAAGAAGCCUCAGAGGCUACUUUGUGACGAAGAUGUUGACUCAGACAUAACUGGAGUCACAUACCAGUAGCCAAGAAAAAGGAUUACCCUGAACCUAAAUAAACCUGAGUAUCUGUAACUGACAAUAUCAAAAAUGUAUCCCUUGAUUCACAUUACUUAAAAAAUGUAAGUGUUUUUGUGUUCGUUUAGGAGGCCCGUGUCAGAUUCUUCAUGGGGCUCUCCCCUAUGCACAAUGCAUGGGCCCUGAGGGGGGCCGCCACUGGACAGAUGAGGAGGUGCGGGCUCUGCUGUGCGUCUGGUCUGACCGCCAUGUCCGGCAGCGUCUGAAAGGGACACUACGCAACAAGGCCAUCUUCCAGGAGAUGGCCCGCCGCAUGCAAAGAGGUUUCGGAGUGGUGCGCAACUGGAAACAAUGCCGCACAAAAUACAAGAACCUCAAGUAUGAGUACAAGAUGGCCAAGAGCGCCCAGGCCGCUGCAGGCAGCAGUGGCAGUGGCCCAGGAAGGUACAUGAAGUUCUUCGACGAGAUGGAGGCCAUAUUGCUGGACAGUGGAUUUGAUGGUAAGGAUGGGCACCAGGAUAUGCAGAGGAGAGGACCUGAAGUUGACCAGGGAGCUGGGAGGCUGGAAACUCUGGGAGGCCAGACACAGUCUAGAGCACCUAAAGGAGACCUGGUCAUUGAGAUUGAUGGUGAGGUUUUAAUUAAUGAUGAGAUACUGGAGGAAUACAUUGCCUAGUCUUAGUUCUACUUUUUACAGUUCUAGAACAAUGUCUCUUUCAGAUGACAAUAGUGACGAUUACGAGCUGGACACAGACCAAAAUCAAAGGGAAUCAGGUAUGUGUAAUCAAAUAACCUACAAUAGAAAUGCCUUCUGAAAUGUCAUAGCUAUGCCCAUUACCCACUCCACUCACUAUUCUGUCUCCCACCCUACUAGAAGCCCAUAUAUCACCACUGGACCAGUCUAGCUCUGAGCAGUUCCAUGUGGUAACGGUGUCUGAUACAGGACGGAACUGGAGUGACCAGGAGGUGCGUGCACUGAUCCAGGUGUGGUCUGAAGAGGGCGUGUGCAGGCAGCUGCAGAGCUCCACCAGGAAGAGGGACAUAUUUGUGCAGAUCUCCUGCCGGCUACUGCAGCAGGGGGUGGAGCGCGACUGGAAGCAGUGUCACACCAAAUACAAGAAUCUCAAGUACCUGUACCGCUCCCUGCAGAGGGGCAGGGCUGACGGCACGGACCCACGCCACCUUAUGAGGUUCUAUGAUGAGGUGGAUGCCAUUUUGACCAGGUCAGAUAGUGGACCUGCCAUGGGAUAUGAGGAACAAGCAGAGGCUGGCGCCAUUUUGGCUGGGGCGGCCAUGAUGGGGAAUGAUGAUGGCAAAGAUGCCAUUUUCAUGAUGUCAGAUAGAGCAACUGCAAGAAUGGGACAUGAAGAGAGGACUCAUCCAGUUAACUCUUACACAGCUCAAAGCUAUGAGGUUAUCCCCAGGAAUGAGGACAAACGAACAUACACAGGUAAUAAAGUGACUCAGAUAGCCAUUGUAGAUAAACCUAAGGUCACUCAAAAUCAUUUAGUGGUGACCCUAUAAAAGAUAGCAAACACCUGACUCAAGCCAUUACAUCUUCAGAUAUAUCCCACAUCUCUAUUUCGUUGACAAUAAUAAGCUAAUUUCUCAGAUUCAAAAUGAACCCCCCAUCAGCCCCAAAGCUGGUAGUUGGAGACAGUAGAACCUGGUGGAGGAAAAGCGGUUCUGAUAUUGUGCAUUAACAGUGAUUUGUCAUAUGCCUAUUGGUUCCUUACAGGCAAUGCUGAGAUGGAUAAAAAAGAGGACCUGACAGCAAAAAGAGAGCUGAAGAGGAAAGCUUUGGAUCAAGGUUUAAAUUGUACCUCCUCCCUUAACAAUUAUGUUUCUCACAUCACGAGAAUGUCCUAUCUAAUUUUAAAAUCCACACGUGACCAAAGGCUCAGUAACAGACUAACGAUGGACGGUGUGACUGAGUGAGUCAGUCCAGUGAAUUGCCAAUGAGUCUCCUAAUCAAAUCAUGAGAGAGUGGGUUGGUAAGGAGUAAGCAAACUGCUGAGAAAAGGCAAAAACAUUGGCCUUUACAAAACUGCAAUUUGGAUUCUGUGUAUUCAUGUGUUCAAAAAGUAGAAUAGUGUUUUCAGUAAGAUAAAGAUUACAAUCUGUCGUCAAUCUAAAUAGAUCACAUUAUUUUGUAGACAUUUUGAAAUAUUCUCUCAGAGCACAUCAGCACAAUCAAUUUGAGAGGACCAAGGUCAAGAAUCUGUGGCAGAUUCCUCUUUUGUACAUCAUGGCAGCAUUCACACAGGCAGCUCAAUUCAGAUUUUUCCCCCCACUAAAUUCGUCUUUUGACCAAUCACAUCUGAUCUUUUCACAUCAGAUAUUUUUCAGAUCCAAUAAUUUGUGGGAAAAAUAUCAGAAUUGGGCUGCCUGUGUGAACGCAGCCCAUGUGUCACAGACUUCUACACUCAGUAAAAAGCGUGUAAAGGCAUUUAACCCCUCAACUCCUGAGUGGCGCAGUGGUCUAAGGCACUGCAUCGCAGUGCUAACUGUGCCACUAGAGAUCCUGGUUCGAAUCCAGGCUCUGUCGCAGCCGGCCGCGACCGGGAGACUCAUGGGCGGCAUCGUCCAGGGUAGGGGAGGGAAUGGCCGGCAUGGACUGUAGCUCAGUUGAUAGAGCAUGGCGUUUGCAACGCCAGGGUUGUGGGUUUGAUUCCCACGGGGGGCCAGUAUAAAAAAAAAUAUAUGUAUUCACUAACUGUAAAUCGCUCUGGAUAAGAGCGUCUGCUAAAUGACUAAAAUGUAACUCAAUCUCUGAUGUAUUGACCCAUUGUUGUUGUUUUCUUUAGAUACCCGUAGACCUGUGAAAAGACAUGAUACUGGGGGCAGCUGUGCUGAGAGUAUUGAUUUACAGUACAAAGAGGAGGAGGAUCAAUACAUUCCUAUUAUAGAGAUCAACUCAGUCUGCUCCAUGGCAGCCUCUGACUCAAUCCGAGAAAAACAGGUAGGCCUAAUCACGUCCAAAUGUGAAAAAUUGUUUUGGCGUCAUUGUAACCAGUUGACUGUUGUAUACAAUAGGAGUCUGAAAGUUGUGGCACACAAUGCCUUUACUAAAGAUAUUGAGUUGAGUCUCCAUUGGAGAAAUGUAUCAGAGCUAGUCUGGAAUCCAAGGACGAGAUGUCCAUACUUUCACCGUAAACAAAGUAACACUUCAAUGUACAAUAUAGCAAGCCGUGAUCAUGGAACGUUUGACGUCACACCAUGUGUUGUUUUGAGAAAUUGACCACUCCCUACCAUGCAUUUUCUCAGUGAAAGUUGCACCAUAGGGUUGAGUGUUUGAUAAAACAGUGUAUAAUCAAUUAUGGGAAAGAUAGUCGGAAUAUGUGAUUAGCGGAUGGCUAUGUAAACGUGCUAGCUACAAAACAUCAACUCACCUGUGCUGUAGCGCUAUAAGUCCCAAAGUUAACACUUGGGCAACUUCUAGUUGUGUUGGCCAUUCUCCUGCUGCAACACAGCCAAACACUCCGCACUCUUCUCCGAUGCCAGAUUCUUCGAACUCGCUCAUACUUCAGUUCCCUGAGCGUCUCGAGUUUGUGUACUUCACACUCGCAGCACGCACUUCCACGCUUAAACACUGGCCACGUGUUGACAAUAGAGCUAGCGGGAGAGUGUGCUUCCUCUUGCUAGUUAGCGUCUACACAGACGGGCUCAACCUAGUACAGGGCUACAAAAAAAUAGGGAUGCUUGCUUUGAAUUGACUCGCUAAAAUGUACUUCGAGUUGACAGCCCCCGGACAAGACGGAAUCCUCUGUGGCAAAUUGCGAAAGUACUAGGCCUACAAUUUACAAAUGCAAAAAAAUAUCGAUUUUAUGGCUGACUGAUAAUGUCAGCUAGUCCAAGAUAUGCAAUCAUUCGCCCUGUUUUUGUGUCAUAAAGGUGCAUUGAGAUUUAUUUGAAAGUAUUCAAGAGAUACUACGUUUUUUUUUUUAAGACACGACUUUUCUGACAAAUAAGCCCUUGUCUCGCUGAUAUAUGUAGUGAUGAGUAGCAGAACGUUUAUUCCCCCACCCCCACGUGGUGAGGCUUUCAUUACUCUGAUCUGGUCUAAAAUAGACUAACUCCGCCCAACCGGGGAACCAGGCCAUGCAAAACGAACUCUCUCAGUGCACAGUCCUCUUUCUGUACUGACUUUUCUACGGGUUGCAGGUGAAGUUGCGAAAAUUCUAAAUACGAUAUUUUGGGUGUUGAUUUAAUCUAUUUUUGCUUGCUUUAUUUUUCAGGGUUGCAAAUUAUCUUCCAACAUGGCGUCUCCAUCAGGUAUGUUUUCCACUAAAGUAGAACUUGUAGGCCUAUUACUUUUUUUGUUCAGUUACAAAACGGCGCAUCAAGUAAUUUGAAGUCAGAUGGAUAGUUGAAGUGACGAUGCAAUCGGAUUUCUAGUGUAAAAACCGAUUAACCAAUGUUGGGGGUUACUCACUGUUUGUCUUCGUUUUCUGUUUUUGAAGAGCUGAAACUGGGACGUAAACUAAAUGAGGGAAAGACCAAGCAGAUCUUCGAGCUCGCGGAUGAGCCAGGACAUGUUUUGGUCCAGUCCAAGGACCAAAUUACAGCAGGGAAUGCGGCGAGGAAGGACCAGAUGGAGGGCAAGGCCGCGAUAGCAAACAGAACCACGAGUUGUGUUUUCAAGCUACUGCGGGAGGCGGGUGAGUCUUCAGGCUACAAUGUUUUCAAUUAUUCAUGAUUUAACUUAGUAAAUGCGAAUGACUAAAAUGUAAAUGUGAUGAUUCGUUUGGGUAUACAUGUGUGGGUGCGUGUGAUAACUCGUUUAGACGUGCCCUCCACCAUACCUCCUCUCAUCCUUUCAAGUGUCGAGAACAUCCGAUUGUUUUGUAAUCAAUUUGAAAGCUUUUUGGAUCUGUGAGAAAUAUACAUUGUCCUUCUCUGGGACAGUAAAGUGUGCCAACAUUCAUGAAUGGAUUCGUCCGCAGGCUAGAAUGCAAACAAACAGCUAUUAUCAGUGACUGUUCUGUCCAUAACUGACCACAGUGGCCAGCUGUCCUGAGUAUCCAGGUCAUGUUGCAUUCCUGUUUGACCUUGAAAUCACAAUAGUCUAGUAUGUUAAUAAACAUUUUACAUUUUAGUCAUUUAGCAGACGGUCUUAUCCAGAGCGACUUACAGUUAGUGAAUACAUUAUUAUUAUUAUUUGUAUUUAUUUUUUCAUACCCCCCGUGGGAAUCGAACCCACAACCCUGGCGUUGCAACCAACUGAACUACAUCCCUGCCGGCCAUUCCCUCCCCUACCCUGGACCAAUUGUGCGCCGCCCCAUGGGUCUCCCGGUCGCGGCCAGCUACGACAGAGCCUGGAUUCGAACCAGGAUCUCUAGUGGCACAGCUAGCACUGCAAUGCAGUGCCUUAGAACACUGCGCCACUCGGGAGUAAACACUACCUGUUCAGAAAUAACUCCAUGUUGCAGCAAUUUUAAAAUAAAUGGAGUAAGCCUAACCGUGGAAAUGAAUUCCUUGCAACUCAGACACCCUUCUUUUAAUCAAACAGAAUGUGGCCCAGCCCUGUUUCCUCCCCUUCAUCUAAGACAAUGGCAUAUAUGACUGGCUGUUAAUUGGCUUCCUUCGUGUAGUAGUGCAUCUGUUUAAUCAUCAAUGGCUGAGUAAGACCUUGUGGUGUCCCUAUCCCUCAGGCAUUAAGACAGCCUUUGUGAGGCAGCAGUCGGAGACUGCGUUCGUGGCGGCCCACUGUGAGAUGAUCCCAAUCGAGUGGGUCUGUCGGAGGGUGGCCACCGGAUCCUUCCUCAAGAGGAACCCAGGGGUCAAGGAGGGCUACAGGUUCUCCCCUCUGAAAAUGGAAAUGUUCUUCAAGGUGUGUGUAUAUUUCUAUGUCCAAUCAUGCCCAGUAGAAAAAUAUCCUCUCCCGUAAUCCAAUCUACCAGUUUGAUUUGCACACAUUCAUUGUCCACUCAGGUGACAACAUUGAAAGUUAGGUGCAUCAACUCAUCACCUUCAUUCAAAUAUUGCUGUGUUUUACAGUUUACAUCAAUGUCUGAAAUCUUGGUCACCAUUUGUGUUUGUCUCAGGAUGACGCCAACAAUGACCCUCAAUGGUCGGAGGAGCAGCUGCUGGAGACUAAGUUAUCUCUGGCUGGGCUCACCAUUGGCCGCUGUGAGGUGGACAUCAUGAACCGCAGCACUGUUGCCAUCUUUGAGGUCCUGGAGAGGGCCUGGGCCACCCAGAACUGCACCCUUGUAGACAUGAAGGUAUGCGGCUCUGCGCCACCCUCUGCUGGUCAGGGGAGGUACCACAGUGCUACUAGUUAGAUGUGGAAGUCAUGUUGGGGCAUUUUGAAUUUGUCUUCCCUUAAAACUGCAUUGCUUUUGAAUGUUUUUUUAUAUUUUUUGACAGAUUGAGUUUGGCGUGAAUGUGAGCACUAAAGAGAUUGUGCUUGCUGACGUGAUUGACAAUGACUCCUGGAGGCUGUGGCCAGCGGGAGAUCGGAGUCAGCAGAAAGACAAGCAGGUGAGGUGAUCUCCUGCAUAGCUCUGUCCAAUUCUCCUAUCCUGCCAUCCCUUUAUGGAAAAAUGCUAAUGUUGCCAUUAUUUAACCACCUCAGAUUUUGAGUUCCACCACGUUAGCUGUAGUGUAAACCUGUUUGCUCUCCUCUCCUCUGCAGGUGUACCGGGACCUAAAGGAGGUGACUCCUGAAGCUAUGCAGAUGGUGAAGAGGAACUUUGAGUGGGUUUCUGAAAGAGUGAAGGUAGGCUAGCCUUGUGUAUCCCACUACUCCUGUGCCCUUUUGCCCUCUAGCCUAAAAGAGCCUGAGCUGACCAGCUGUAUCUGUUAUCAUGAGGACAAGCACUGGUGUUUGUGUUGAAUCAACAUACCGUAAUGAUUGAGGAUCGGGUAGUUUAACAUUAACUGGUUGUGUCUGUUGAUUGUGUUCCAUUCCAGUGUUAUCACCUAGACAUUAUCAGACUCUCAGGUGAAUCCCAGCACUCAACCUUUUGUGACCUCUGUCUUUGAUCAACCCUAGCAACCUCAGAUAUGCAUACUCACAACCUCUGUCAACUUAACCCAGUUUGUUCUAAUCUGUCAUGCAAUGACAUACAGACACGGUACAAGUACAGCCCAUUGUGGAAUAGUUUAUCCCAGGCAUUCAGUAGAGGCUAACAGGCAGUGUGUUUUUGUCUAGCGGCUGCUGGAGCCCCAGGCCAGUGGCAGAGUGGUGGUUCUGAUGGGCUCCAUCUCUGACCUGGCCCACUGUGAGAAGAUCAGGAAGGCCUGUGGCUCCUACGGAAUCCCCUGUGACCUCAGAGUCACCUCAGCACACAAAGGACCAGAUGAAACUCUUCGCAUCAAAGCUGAAUACGAAGGUGGGCUGAGCUAAGCCUUUUAGCCCUAAGCUUACUGGCAGCCCCUAAGAAUAUAGCUACCUCUCUACAUAGAUUGUUCAAGCAUUUUACAAGCCAUUGCUUGCUUAUGUUUAUUGAAAGUGGAAGAUUCUGGUAUAUACAGUAUCUCACAAAAGUGAGUACACCCCUCACAUUUUUGUAAAUAUUUGAGUAUAUCUUUUCAUGUGACAACACUGAAGAAAUGACACUUUGCUACAAUGUAAAGUAGUGAGUGUACAGCUUGUAUAACAGUGUACAUUUGCUGUCCCCUCAAAAUAACACAACACACAGCCAUUAAUGUCUAAACCGCUGGCAACAAAAGUGAGUACACCCCUAAGUGAAAAUGUCCAAAUUGGGCCCAAAGUGUCAAUAUUUUGUGUGGCCACCAUCAUUUUCCAGCACUGCCUUAACCCUCUUGGGCAUGGAGUUCACCAGAGCUUCACAGGUUGCCACUGGAGUCCUCUUCCACUCCUCCAUGACGACAUCACGGAGCUGGUGGAUGUUAGAGACCUUGCACUCCUCCACCUUCCGUUUGAGGAUGCCCCACAGAUGCUCAAUAGGGUUUAGGUCUGGAGACAUGCUUGGCCAGUCCAGCUUCUUUAGCAAGGCAGUGGUCGUCUUGGAGGUGUGUUUGGGGUCGUUAUCAUGUUGGAAUAAUGCCCUGCGGCCCAGUCUCCGAAAGGAGGGGAUCAUGCUCUGCUUCAGUAUGUCACAGUACAUGUUGGCAUUCAUAGUUCCCUCAAUGAACUUUUUUUCAGAUCCUCAGAGAGUUAUUUGCCAUGAGGUGCCAUGUUGAACUUCCAGUGACCAGUAUGAGGGAGGUUGAGAGCGAUGACACCAAAUGUAACACACCUGCUCCCCAUUCACACCUGAGACCUUGUAACACUAACGAGUCACAUGACACCGGGGAGGGAAAAUGGCUAAUUGGGCCCAAUUUGGACAUUUUCACUAAGGGGUGUACUCACUUUUGUUGCCAGCGGUUUAGACAUUAAUGGCUGUGUGUUGAGUUAUUUUGAGGGGACAGCAAAAUUACACUGUUAUACAAGCUGUACACUCACUACUUUACAUUGUAGCAAAGUGUCAUUUCUUCAGUGUUGUCACAUGAAAAUAUAUACUAUAAUAUUUACAAAAAUGUGAGGGGUGUACUCACUUUUGUGAGAUACUGUACAUUUUUUCUGAAUGUUUUUAAAAUAAUGGCUUGGUAUGUGGAGGAACUGUGCAGUAUGCUGGCUAACAUUACAACAAAGUCUAUCUAAUAUGAAACAACAUGAAAGUUAUGAUUUUACCCUUCUGUAUGGAUGAGCUAAUGUGCAGUAUUUUCCCAGGUGACGGAGUACCAACUGUGUUUGUGGCUGUGGCGGGCAGAAGCAACGGCCUUGGUCCAGUGAUGUCAGGAAACACCGCCUACCCAGUCAUCAACUGCCCUCCUAUCACCCCCAACUGGGGGGCACAGGACAUCUGGUCAUCCCUUCGCAUGCCAAGCGGUGAGUUCAUCCCUGCAUGUGGUCUUUCUUGCUGUGUGUAUUCAGUAAUUCUCCCGUUUUAAUGUAUCUGUGUGUUUACCUUAACCCUGUGAGCGCCUCUCUCCCGCAGGUCUUGGCUGCUCCACUGUCCUCUCCCCAGAAGCUGCAGCCCAGUUUGCUGCUCAGAUCUUUGGGCUCAGUGACCACAUGGUGUGGUCCAAACUGCGGGCCUCCAUGCUCAACACCUGGCUGUCUCUGAAGCAGGCUGACAAGAAGCUGCAGGCCUGCAGCCUGUGA